AUGUACACCAAGAUCUCAACGUUUUUCAUCGCCGCUCUAGCCAGUACUGCCAUCGCUGUACCGCAUGGUCGCGGCGGCGGCGGCGGUGGCCCGAGGGGACCUGGGAAAGGCGGCGGUCAGGGGGGGCCUGGAGAAGGCGGCAAGCACCACACACACACCUGGGGGUGGCCUUGGGGACACCACACACACACUCACGGGGGAUCUUGGGGAGGCGAUGGGCACCAUACACAGACAGGCGCCCAACCUACGGUCUCUCAGACUAUGAUCUCUCAGCCUGCGGAGACCCAAACCCAGGCCACGGAAUACCCAACAGCCACAGAGUCGGGCCACGCCUCGACGACUGAGGUCCCACCUGGUGAUUAUCCCACGGUCCCGGGAUACCCAACAGGCACGGAGGCAGCCCCGGGCCCGACGACGACUAAGGUUCCAACUACUGUUUAUGUCACGCCCACGGAAUACCCAACAGCAACGGAAUCGGGCUCUGCCUCGACGAUUGAGGUUCCAACUAGUACUUCUCCCACGGCCCCGGGAUACCCAACAGGCACGGAGGCGGGCCCCGACCCGACGACUACUAGAUUCCUAACUGUUACUAACCCUACGGCCACGCAAUACCCGACAUCUACGGAGUCGGCCUACUGGCAUAACUCGACGACUGGAGUCCCAACUAGUACUUAUCUCACGGUUACAAAAUUCCCAGCAACCACUGAAUCGGGCCACUCCUCGACGACUAGGGUCCAAACUAUCCCUGAUCCCGCGACUACAGAAAAUCCAACAGCCACGGAGUCGGGCUACGCCUCGACCACUGAGGUCCCAAGUAGUACCUCUCCCACCGCCACCUCUCCCACAGCCACCUCUCCCACAGCCACCUCUCCCACAGCCACCUCUCCCACAGCCACCUCUCCCACCGCCACGCCCACCGCCACGGCCGGCGCUGGCAGCGGAUACAUGGCCAUCGUCAGCAAGUGGCGCUCGAAGCUGGGCUUGAGUGCACUGACAGAGGACGAUACGCUUCAAGCCAAUGCUCUGAAGACGGCGCAGGAUGGUAACGGACAGCUGGUCCAUGAGCUGAACCCGGGCUCCCUGGCCCAGGUUCUCGCCCCGGGUGAUCCCACCGACUUUGAGUACGUCUUUGUCGGUGGCUGGCUCUGUGAGGAGCCGAACCUGCCUGGCCUUGACGGCAUCUGCGACACCGAGGGCGUGGGUUGGGAUCAUGCGGGUCAGACGGGCCAUGCGCAGAUCUUGACGAGUCCUGCUUACAGCAGGAUUGGGUGCGCUAUCGCUGAUGGAGUCUGGGCUUGCGAUCUUGCUUGA